AUGGAUGUGGGUUUCUUGGGCUUGCCAGAUGUGUCUCAGAGUCAUAGCAGGACCUUGUGGGGGACUCGGGGCAGGGGACCCACCAUACGUCGCCAGCGGGAGUUCAUGCCAGAAGAGAAGAAGGACACAGUUUACUGGGAGAAGCGGAGGAAGAACAAUGAGGCAGCCAAGAGAUCCAGGGAAAAGCGACGUCUCAAUGAUGCAGCCAUUGAGGGCAGGCUGGCUGCACUGAUGGAGGAGAACGCCCUGCUCAGGGAUGAGCUGAGGGCGCUCAAGCUUCGCUUUGGCCUCCUGCCCCUGACUGGUGGGCCCCGGGCCUUGCCCCUGCAGGCCCUGCUAUGGGAAGCUCCCUGGACCGGGGACCACCACCCUGGGGCUGAAGCACUGUCAUCCUUGUCUGGCACCCACAGCUGCCUCUUAAGGCCAUGUUCCCUAGAUGCUGGGAUUCCAGGAUGUCAGGGCUGCCUGCUGGCUCCCAGAUGGACUGGCCUGGCCACUUCUAGGUCCUCCCCCGAGUCUGCACCUCCUACCCUCAACAGAAUUGACAUGGCUUUGCAGAGUGCCCUCCCACCGGCCCUCUUCAGCUGUCACCUCUUGGAUGGGCAUGUAGGGUCUAGACGAGAGCUCAGACCCUGCUGGGGGCUGUGGUCACCAAUGCCCUCCAGAUGCCGAGCUUCGGGGCCAGAUGUGUUGCUGACACCCACUGUUGAUCCCAUGGGUCUGUCUCCUGGGGUUACCUGCCCUGUCCCAGGAAACAGUCCUGAGGAUCUGGGUCAGCCCUCUCUGCCCCACAAAUUGCGCAUCAAAUCCCAAGCCUCCAGCAGAGUGCCUCAAGGUUGGGAGGGUGGCCAGGACCCCUGCUGA